GCCGGACUAUCAUGAUGUGCACGGACAUGUCGUCGAUCAGGGCGAGGAAUAACACGUGGAUGGCGCAUCUGGUCAGCCUGAACCUGACGCAGGAAGACCUGCAGUACCUGAUCAACAUCACGGUGUUCGAUCCUGACGACGACGGUUCGUCGUACCGUCAUCACCCGACAGACGCCGGUUGCUACAACUGUGGCGGCGUCGUGAAGAGCUACUCGCUGCUGUUCCGGGCGGCGCACGGUUACGUCAGCAUGUUCCUGUGCGUGUUCGGCGCGCUGGCCAACGCGCUAAACAUCGCGGUGCUGACGCGCAAGGACCUGGCCGGUUCGCCGAUCAACCGGAUCCUGUGCGGCCUGGCCCUGGCCGACCUGGCCCUGAUGGUCGAGUACACGCCGUUCGCGUGCUACAUGUACCUGAACACGUCCAARAAGGAGGAGUUCUCGCACGUGGGCGCGGUGUACGUGCUGCUCCACACGUACGUGUCACAGGUCCUGCACACCACGUCCAUUGCGCUCACGCUCGUCCUGGCCAUGUGGAGAUACGUAGUCGUCAAAUUGCCCAACUCUAUGCAYGCCAUCUGCUCCGACCAGCGAUGUAGUAUAGCCAUCAAAUUAUCGUAUCUGCUGCCGUUUAUUAUUUGCAGCCCGACCUUUCUUGUGUUUGAAAUACUGGAAACGAAAGUCAUCGAAAAUGGCACUGUGGCCACGUUGUACCAUUUGGGCUUGAGCACAAUAGCAAGAGUAAACAAUGAAUUAUUGUACAUGAUACAUCUGUGGACAUAUGCUGUGAUCAUCAAACUACUACCUUGCCUAAUACUUACCGUUGUCACCAUAUCUCUAAUAAAUGCGUUGAGUGAAGCAUCUGAAAGGAAAGCAAAACGACUUCCGACCCAGCAACAAAUGGCUCGUAUAAGGAACAUGAAACUUAAGAAAAGAAUGGACCGAACUAGUCGCAUAAUGAUUGCGGUGUUGUUAUUAUUUCUUGCCACGGAAUUCCCUCAAGGAAUACUAGGUCUACUAAGUGGCAUACUAGGAAGGGGUUUUUUUCAAACUUGUUACAGUUUAUUUGGCGAACUUAUGGACAUGUUAGCUCUCUUGAAUGCGUCGUUAAACUUUGUAUUUUAUUGUUGCAUGAGCAAACAGUUUCGUGUAGCGUUCGGUCAAUUAUUCAAAACCCAGCCUAGCAUUAYGUUAAAGCCCAACAAUAUUUUGGAGACAUUCGUAUAGGAUUUGGAGGAGGGUUAGGACAGCCGGAUUGAAACCGUGAAAAUUACCCUAAUAUUGUCGAUAUGCUCGCUAUUUAAUCCUAAUAUGAGUUAAAGGUAAGUUAAUUUGUUUCAUAGUUUAAAUAUAUUUWWAAAAAAACGUGUAACCAAAUUAAUAUCACCAUCCAAGUCAAUAUAUUUUAUAACAUAAGCUUA